UCUCAAUCUGGAUAGGAUCUGAAUCCAGACUGAAUUCAUAAAGGACUGAAAUCUAGACUGAAUCUGGAUAGGACCUGAAUCCACUCCAUCCAGAUAGGAUAUGAAUUCUGACUGAAUCCAAUAAAGAAGCUCACUGCUUUGCCAACUCACGGAGCAUCUAAAUCCAAAUUGAAUCUAGAUACAACCUAACUCUAGAUUUCAUCCAGAUUUAACCAGAAUCCAGUAUCAAUCCAAAUAGGAUCUGUAUCCAAAAAAGUAUCCUGAUAGGAACUUAAUCCAGAUAAAACUGAGUGCAGUUCCAAUCCACAGUGGAUCUGAGCCCAACUGAACUCAAAUAGAACCUAAAUCUAGAUUCAGUCCACUUAGGAUCUGAAUUCAAACAUCAAGGUUGACUCCAGAGAGCGCCUGAGAACAGAAUCCAGACUAAAUACAGGGUAAACCUAGUCAAGGUUGAAUCCAAUUGGGGACCUGAGUCCUGUUUGAAUCCAUAAAGUACUGAAUCCAUCUAUGAUCCCUGGGACACCUGCAGCAAUGCUCCCAGCCACGGAGGCAGCCAAGAUCUACCAGACCAACUACGUCAGGAACUCUCGUGCCAUCGGGGUCCUGUGGGCCAUCUUCACCAUCCUCUUCGCCAUCGUCAAUGUGGUAUGUUUCGUUCAGCCCUACUGGAUCGGGGAUGGCAUGGACACACCACAGGCCGGUUACUUCGGCCUCUUUCACUACUGCAUAGGGAAUGGAUUGUCCCGGGACCUGACGUGCCAGGGGAGCUUCACAGAGUUUGGCUCUAUCCCGUCUAGCGCCUUCAAAGCUGCGUCCUUCUUCAUUGGGAUGUCCAUGGUGUUGGUCCUCUCCUGCAUUGGCUCUUUUGCCUUCUUCUUCUUCUGCAGUACAGCCACUGUGUAUAAGAUCUGCGGGUGGAUGCAGCUGGCAGCAGGUGUGUGUCUGGUGUUGGGCUGUAUGAUAUAUCCUGAUGGCUGGGAUGCUGAUGAGGUGAAGAGGAUGUGCGGAGAAGGGACGGACAAGUAUACCAUUGGAGCAUGCUCAGUGCGCUGGGCGUACAUCCUGGCCAUUAUGGGCAUCAUGGAUGCCCUUAUUCUCGCUUUCUUGGCUUUUGUGCUGGGCAACAGGCAGGAUGGACUCAUGUCCGAGGAGCUGCUGGGAGAUAAGAGUGGAAAUGCAUAGAUGCCAGAUACACUCAGAUGAGUGAGUGUUGGUCAGUGGAAA